AAUGACAAAACGACGCCCGGAAAUACAAGCAAAAACCCACGACUAAAACCCUACACCAUCUUCCACACUCAGAACUUGCUCUUCCAGCCCCAGCUCCGAACUCCCAAAACCCUUGGAAAAAGAACCAAAAAUGGCGUCUUCAAUCCGCCAUCUCCGCCGCCUCUCGACCGCCGCGAAACCCCCAAUCUCCAUCUCCAGAGCCAAAACGAUGCUCCGAGGCGAGCACGAUCCGGACAAAGCCCUCGAGAUCUACUCCUCCGUCUCCGACCGCUACUCCUCCCCUACCAUCUCCCGCUACGCCCAGGACCUCACCGUCCGCCGCCUCGCCAAGUCCCGCCGCUUCGACGACAUUGAAUCCUUCCUCGAGUCCCACAAAAAGGACCCCAAAAUCAAGCAAGAGCCCUUCUUGUCGUCCCUCAUAAGGUCGUACGGCCAGGCCGGGAUGUUCGGCCACGCUUUGAAGACCUUCGAGCAGAUGGAGGAGUUGGGAACUCCGAGGUCGGCGAUCUCUUUCAACUCCCUCUUGUCCGCUUGUAACCAGUCGAAGCUUUUCGAUAAGGUCCUCCAACUGUUCGACGAAAUUCCCAAGAAGUACGGAGUAUCUCCGGAUGGAAUCUCGUACGGGAUUUUGGUAAGGGCGUAUUGCCAGAAGGGAGAGACUGAUAAAGCUAUGGAAACUCUGUCGGAAAUGGAGAAGAAUGGGGUUGAAGUUAGUGUCGUGGUUUAUACUACGAUAAUGGAUGCUCUGUACAAGAAGGGAGAGGCCGAGGAGGCGGAGAAGCUGUGGGAGACAAUGGCGAAAAAGGGCUGCGAGGCAGAUGUUGCGGCGUCCAACGUUAGGAUCGGGCAUUCUCAAGGCGGGACGCCGGAGAAAAUCAAGGCUUUGAUCGAGGAAAUGAGCAAUGCCGGGCUGAAACCUGACACGAUCAGUUACAAUUACUUGAUGACGAGUUACUGCAAGAGCGGGAUGAUUGAGAAGGCGAAGAAGGUGUACGAGGAGCUAAAUGGAAAUGGGUGUAAUCCGAACGCAGCGACGUUUCGGACUCUGGUGUACUAUUUGUGUAGGAGCGGCGAUGUCGAGAGAGGGUACAAGGUUUUCAAGAAGAGUGUGAUGAUGCAUAAGAUUCCGGAUUUCAACACGAUCAAGAUUUUGGUUGAGGGAUUGGUGAAGAAGAAGAAGAUAAGGGAAGCGAGGGGAAUGCUUCGGACUAUCAAGAAGAAGUUCCCCGCAAAUGUGUUGAAUUCUUGGAAGAAAGUUGAGGAGAGUCUUGGUUUGGCUUCUGAUUCUGAUGAACAGUCAGCCGGGGAUGAGGAUAAAGAGGCUGCAGCCUGAGUAUUGAUGGGAAAUUAAAAAACUUUUCGUGUUUUUGAACCUUUUUUCAGGGUUGAUUUUAAGGAUUCGUCACUCAAAACCUGCUACUGCAUUUGAUUGUGAUCCAUUUGAAUUUGUGAUCUUUGAUCAACAAUGCAGGAUAUGAAGGUUUAAAGUUGAUUAGUAAAGUCGAAUUUGGAGCUUGCGCGAAAUUACGACGUUGUAAAAGCUUCACUUUUUUUUUUUAUUCAUUAGUGGAGGAACUUCAGAAUUAGUUUUUUCCAAUGCCUCUAGCGCUGUACUUUUGUAGCCUUUCCAGUGGUUUGUCAUGUUUGCUGUUAGUAAAAAAGUACACCCUUUUUCUCCCUUUAGUA